AUGGCCACACAGACAGAAUAUCAGAGGAGGUAUAAUUUAAAAAUUCUACUUCUGGUGUUACACACCCAGAAGGAUGUUCAACCCCCAAAGCAGCAGCCAAUGAUAUAUAUCUGUGGAGAAUGUCACACAGAAAAUGAAAUAAAAUCAAGGGAUCCAAUCCGUUGUAGAGAACGUGGAUACAGAAUAAUGUACAAGAAAAGGACUAAAAGACUGGUGGUUUUUGAUGCUCGAUGA